GGCGGGUACGCGCUGGCUGCUCUCCGCAGUACAGAUCUGCUGAAAGCACCAGAGCAGAGCUCCUCCACAGACCACAGCCGCAGGGCACGCACUGCAGCUCAGAGGAAAACCUCACAUAGAAAUAUACGCUGGAGGAGAAACUGCUACCUCUCAAGACAGAAGACAAGACAAAGAGGAGGAGAAGAGGUGGUGAGAAAAACUAGAGAUUUUCUGCUUUUUCUUAGAAGAACAGAACUUCCAGGGCAAACGGCUCUUCACAUUCUACUUUUGGAGUCCAUUUAAUAAUUUAUCUUCUGCCUCAUUUUGGUCUGUGAAACACAACUUUGCCUUUGUAAAAGUUUGACAUACAGGAUCCGCUUCAAGGACCUAAAGAUGUCUGCUCACAGAAACUACUGAGGCAGAUUAUUCUUUGCAAUAAGGAUCGCUCCCCACACUAUAGCAAAAUCUUCUGAAAGGACAUUGUGAAGACACUUGCAAGCUCAAACCUUUUCUCUCCAUAUAUUGGAAGUUUUUUCUCCGGUGAAGCCAUCUGCCCCUGCCUCUACCUAAACCUCAGGAUGGCUGGCUGUACCUGCCGCUGCAGGCAAGGCUUGCUCAAACUAAUGCAGUCCCUGCAGAGAUUGGUCUCAGGAACCCUCACAAAAGAUAGAACAGAUGAGGAGGUAGAGAUGGCGACGGUGUGCUACAGGCCAGAGGGUCUUGACCAGUUGGAAGCCCAAACUAACUUCAGCAAACAGGAGCUGCAGAUCCUCUAUCGUGGUUUCAAGAAUGAAUGUCCAAGUGGUGUUGUAAAUGAGGAGACAUUUAAACACAUUUACGCACAGUUCUUUCCUCAUGGAGAUGCAAGCAUGUAUGCCCAUUAUCUUUUCAAUGCAUUUGACACUACAAACAAUGGCUCCAUUAAGUUUAAGGACUUUGUAAUGGGUUUGUCUACACUGCUGCGAGGAACACUGAGAGAAAAGCUUGAGUGGACGUUUCACCUCUAUGACAUUAACAAAGAUGGCUACAUAAACAGAGAGGAAAUGACUGAGAUUGUGAGAGCCAUUUAUGACAUGAUGGGCAAGUACACAUACCCUGCACUAAAGGGAGAUGUCCCGCAGCAGCAUGUGGAUGCCUUUUUCCAGAAAAUGGAUAAAAACAAAGAUGGAGUGCUGACUUUGGAGGAGUUUAUUAUAGCCUGCCAGGAGGACGAAAUCAUGAUGAGAUCCAUGCAGCUGUUUGAAAACGUGAUGUAGAUCAAGAGGAGAUGAUGGAAAACAAAGACAUGGAAAAUGAGAGGACUUGGUGUGAGUGUGUGUGAGUGUGUGUGUGUGUGUGUGUGUGUGUGUGUGUGUGUGUGUGUGUGUGUGUGUGUGUGUGCGUGU